AUGUUUGACGAAGGCAAAACCAUGCGUAUAAGGAUCUUCUUUCCCACGCACAUCAUUUACAAUUUCUGGUUUAGCAGCUUCGAAGCGCAAGUUGGUUCUCCGUUGGCCAGAAACAUCAAAGGGAAUGUCCAAAGAGGUCUAGCAGAGCCUCUCAGUCUGGCAGAUCAGGUCACAGACGAGGUACCCGAAAGCAUUAAAUCAUCCGCCUUUGCCGACGGAGUCCAUAUUACAGAAUCACAUACAAGACAAAAGUUAUGGGAAAUGAUGGAUUUACCUGCUAUUAGCACGGUGUGA